AUGGCCAAGAACCCCAUCAAGACUACCCUUUCCUCGUGGCCUACAGAAGAGAAGCCAUGGAACCGCGUUCAUGCAGACUUUGCAGGACCAGUUGAUGGCAGAAUGUUCCUUGUACUCGUGGACGCCUACUCGAAGUGGCCAGAGAUUACUGAAAUGUCAUCCACGACAACUCGCUCAACAAUCAAGGAACUCCAACGCCCUCAAGUGACGGAAAGAGCCAGUCCUACGUUCUUCACCUUCAUUUGCUGUCACCCCGAUCCACAAAUGAAGGAAUAUUUACUGGCUGCGGGUGUGGACGUUAUGUAUCGGUUCCCUGCCAUGCUUGAAAGUCACUCCCUGUUCCUUUUUGAAAUGCCAAUGGAUGCCGAUCCAAAUGUACGAAUCACUUCACUGCUCUACCUCACGUACCUACUCACUCAUGACGUGCUGAAGCCAAGAGGUACGCUGUCAGAUACAGCUUUAUGUAUGCUGAAUAGGAAACGAUCAGAUGGAAAGGAUGAAGAGUGUACAAAUGAUGAGAGAGAAGUUUCUGUGUUGGCUACGGAACUGUUCCGCGAGAUUUCUCGUAAGGGUAACUUACUGGUGAAUGUCCUCCCUGAUCUCAUCUGCAGAAUUUGUCGUUGGGAAGAGCAAGUUCCCCUUCCUGCCUUCAAAUAUCUUGUCAAGCGACUUUUAUCAAUGGUAGAAGAUAAGCCUUUGGACGUGGUUGUUGAAAAAAUGUGCCAGAGGUUUGAAUUUUGCAACAGGAGAGAAGCUACUGAGCACAAUCGGCACAUUGCGUACUACUUCUCGUAUUUCAUCUCGCAGUUGACGUUGACAGAUAGUUCAUUCUACAGGAUGCGCGAUUCGUUACCAUAUUUUGCACCAUUUUUGGAGGAUGAAGUCAUUUAUCGUGACUUCAUGUCUGUGGUCAGUCAUCUCGUUUCGAGCACCUCUACGGCUGAAGUGAAGCGCGAGGCCGAGGAGUUCUUGCGAAAAAUAGAAUUUCUACAUGUGAAAUCACGUUUAACUGAAGAAGAAAGAGAUAGAAUGAGUAAAGCAGUAGGCCCUAUAAAUCUCGAUGUUCCUGUAAAGCUUGAUAAAGACGGGAAUCCAAUAAUGUUCACUUUCGCUGACUGCGAUGAACCAAUUGAAUACGACAACAGCUAG